AUGGCGUGGGGAUGGGUUUGGGUAGCCAUGAUGUUGGCAUUGACAAUGGCGGCUCCCACUUCACAGCGCAGUCUAAGAAUGGACGUCAAGAAUGGGAUGAAAGUGGAAACUUUGCUAUCUCCUAGGUUUGAGCUGGAACCAGGAUCGGUUUGUAAUAAAUUUUUUUAUGGUAUCGACUUUCCAAAAGGUCAUAUUGCUGUGAAAGGGUUUGAUGCAGAAGUGGUUGAUGAGGAAGGGAACUCUAUCCCACUUCAUCAAACUUAUCUCCAUCAUUGGAUUGUUGGAAAAUACAUGAUACGCAAAGAUGAGGUAGUAGAAGCAGCAGAUAAAAUGUUUCUAGUAGGGAACUCAGGGGUUUGUGCUGAACUUCCACAAUAUUUUGGGCUGGGAUCAGAGACGAGGAAAACAAACUCAAGUGUUCCUGAUCCUUAUGGAAUCGAAGUUGGGAAUCCGCCCCCGGGGUUAGAGGAAGCAUGGAUGCUUAAUGUACAUGCCAUUGAUACACGAGGCACCGCAGAGAAUAAGCGGGGUUGCACUGAGUGUAGGUGUGAUUUGUAUAAUGUGACAAAAGACGAGGACGGGAGACCUCUAGGUGACUAUCCCGGAGGCCUUAGAUGCUGCUAUGAUGGGGCGAAAUGCAGGGUGAAACAAGGAUUUCGGGGCGAAAAGAGAGGGCUCUACCUUAAGUACACUGUCACUUAUGUUGAUUGGAACCCCUCCAUUGUGCCUGUCAAGGUUUAUAUAUUUGAUGUCACUGAUACUUUGAAAUCGUCCGAUUCUGUCCCGGGAAGACACGCUUGCCAGAUUGAAUACCAAGUUGAGGCAUGUUCUGCUGCUACGCCUACUGAUGAAUGUGUUCAUUCCAAGAGCUUAACCGUUAGUUUGCCAAACGGAGGAGAUCUCAUCUAUGCUGUUACUCACCAACACAUUGGAGGGAUUGGCUCUACUCUUUUUGGAGAGGAUGGACGGGUUUUGUGCAAUUCACUUCCAAUAUAUGGAAACGGAACAGAACCAGGAAAUGAAGAUGGUUACCUCGUUGGAAUGUCGACAUGUUACCCUCAACCUGGCUCGGUCAAGAUUGCUCCAAAUGAGAAGCUAACUAUUAUAUCGAAUUAUAGCAAUGUCCAGAUGCACACAGGGGUCAUGGGCUACUAUUACAUUUUAGUUGCUGAGCCAUCGCCAGAAUCAAACCCCAUCUUUCAUUCCCUCGACGUGGCAGAUCUGAUGUAGCUAGGUUUUCAAUGCCUCUCAAGAAUAAGAGAUCAUGUGCUGUAAUUUUUCUUGCAUUGUAUAUAUAAUUAUAUGUGUGGGCAUGUAAACCCAUUUGGUAAAACCUUAGAAUAUAUGCAUUGCAAUGCCUAUGUCACAUGUACCAUAAAAACUUUUUUUUUUUUUUUU